AUGAGCACGCCGACGACCGUUGCCAGAAGGGCGACCGCUCGGAACCCCUUCGUCGGGAACGGUGAGCUCGUCCGCAGAGCAAGCUCGGCCGUCCUCGGGCCGCGAAACCCACGAGCGGCGGCCGACGCCAUGGCGGCCCGGCGACUCCCUCGACAAUUCUCAUUCUCCCCCGCCCUCCUCGCCCAUCAUGUCGGUCGACAAGGCCGAACGCCAGCGCUGGCGCUGCUCCUGAUGCCGUCGCGCGGGAUCACGACGCAGCACCACGGGCCCGAGACGCCGCCGCGGGCCCCCCCACCAGGGUUCAACGUCGAACAGGCCCGGAAGCCCGUGCUCGAAGCCGGCGCCCCGGCCAGGAGCGAGCUCGCGACGGCCAAGGCCGACGGCACCAGGACCGACGGUGCCGCGGCCGAACUCAUCAAGGGUGGCGCCCGGGCGAAGCAGGAGGUGGCCAAGGCGGACAAGGAGCCGAAGAAGCUGACGCUCUGGCAAAAGGUCAAGAAGGAGGCCCGGCACUACUGGGACGGCACGAAGCUGCUCGCGGCCGAGAUCAAGAUCAGCUGGAGGCUGGCGCUCAAGAUGGCGGCCGGCUACGACCUCACGCGGCGCGAGCACCGGCAGCUGCAGCGCACCGUCCAGGACCUCGGCCGGCUCGUGCCCUUCUCCGUCUUCAUCAUCGUGCCCCUCGGCGAGGCGCUGCUGCCGCUCGCCCUCAAGCUCUUCCCCAACAUGCUGCCGAGCACGUUCGAGGGCCAAAAGUCCAAGGACGCCAAGGCGAGCCUGCUGCGGUCGACGCGCAACGAGGUCAGCUCCUUCCUGCGGCAGACGCUCCGCGAGACGGGCCUGCCGCUGAGCCAGGCGACGGCCCAGCGGGAGGAGUUCGCCAUCUUCUUCCGCAAGGUGCGCUCGACGGGCGAGAAGCCGACGAGCGACGACGUCAUCAAGGUCUGCAAGGUCUUCCGCGACGACCUCACGCUCGACAACCUCUCGCGGCCCCAGCUCGUCUCCAUGUGCCGGUACAUGAACCUCAACACCUUGGGCACCGACAUGAUGCUCCGCUACCAGAUCCGCCACCGCAUGCGCCAGAUCAAGCGCGACGACAAGGCCAUCAGCUUCGAGGGCGUCGACAGCCUCACCGUGCUCGAGCUGCAGAUGGCCUGCGCCGCCCGCGGCAUCCGCACCCACAGCGUCUCGCCCGCCCGCAUGCGGACCGACCUGCAGAGCUGGCUCGACCUGCGCCUCCGCGAGGGCGUGCCCUCGACCCUGCUCGUCCUCAGCAACGCUUUCAUGUACGGCCAGGGCUCGGGCGAGGGCUCGAGCCAGAUCGACGCCCUCAACGGCGUCCUCUCCUCCAUCCCCGAGGAGCUCUUCCACGAGAUCGAGCUCGAGGUGCACAACGCCGAGGGCGCCGCCACCAACAAGCAGCGGCUCGAGGUCCUCCGCGAGCAGCAGGAGCUCAUCGACGAGGAGAACGAGCAGAACGAGGAGAGCCAGAGCACGGGCAUGGCGACGCCGCGCGACGUCGACGACAUUGACGAGAAGGAGGACCGAGACGCGACGGCGGGCGAGACGGUCGACGCCGAGCGCCACGCCAAGCCGGCGCCGAAGUCGUCGUGA